GCUUCCCGAGAGCCGGCGUCAUGGUGGAGGAGAAGCUGGAGCGAUGCCAGAAGGAGACAGAGGAGGUGACUCAGAUUAUGCUGGUCAACUAUUCCAAGGUGCUGGACCGGGAGGCCAAGCUCAGCACCCUGGACGACAGAGCAGAUGAGCUCCGCAACAUGAGCUCCACCUUCAGCAGGACGACGAAGACGGUGGCGCAGAAGAAGCGCUGGGAGAACAGGAAGUACAAGAUAUUCCUGGCGGUGGUAGUGGUGGUCGUGGUGUUGAUCAUCCUGGCCGUGGUUCUAUGGCUGUCGCUGCGCGGGGCCGGGAACCAGGCCGCUGAGAGCCGGGACUCCGGGAACCAGGCCACCAAGAGCCAGGCCACUACCACGCAGGCUGACUGAGGGAAGGAGACGACCCAGUGCCCUCUCUGCUAGGGACGCAGGUGCCCUGGGCUCAGUGCAAUAUGGACAUCGCGCGCAUGGAGACUGCAGGGGCUGCCAUUGGAGCUGGGGCUUUUCUUUAGCUAUUUGGAAAGGCCCCUUCGCAGAUGGGUCACAACACUGGGAAACAGUAUCGACAGCCCAGCUCCAGAGAGCAACCCUUCUGCAGACUAAACAAUCCCAGUUCCCUCAGCCUCUCCUCAUAAGUCAUGUGCUCCAGCCCCCUAAUCAUUUUUGUUGCCCUCCGCUGGACUCUUUCCAAUUUUUCCACAUCCUUCUUGUAGUGUGGGGCCCAAAACUGGACACAGUACUCCAGAUGUCGAAUAGAGAGGAAUGAUCACGUCCCUCGGUCUGCUGGCAAUGCCCCUACUUAUACAGCCCAGGGCUCAAGAGCAACCCUACAAUAACAAACCAGUGUGUGCAGCCGAGCUCUGACAUACAAUCCCCCAAUAACAGCCCAUUGGGAUCAGCCCCAGCAACCCUACAAUAACGCAUGCAGUCCCUGGGAAGAGACCCCAGCAAGGGAGAAGGCCCCUGCAUUAGGCUUCCUGGCAGGUCAGGUAGAUGAACGCUCACAAGUGCCUUAAGCUUUAGUUAGAAUAAUGGGGGUGCGGGGAGAGGUUUGCAGACAGUUGUGCUUUAGUUUAGUUGUGCUAAAACCACUCAACCUGGUUUUAAGACCGGUCCCCAGAUCUGUUUAAAGCUGUCGCUGCCCUGCGCCGCAGCCUUUCGCACCAGCCCCAGCACUGCUGUGGGCAGGUCAGUAAAGGCGGAUUGUUUGUAAAAUGUCCGUGUUUGUGGGUCGAUAUGGCUGCCGCGGAGGGAUAAAUGGGGAUGGACAGAGAGACGGAUAAACCGAUAGAGAGUCCACCAUCUUCCCUACCUCUUUGUCUGCUGGCCUCACAUGGCUGGCUUGAUUUCCCCACCUCCUAGAGCUCUCUGCACACAGCAGCAAUCUGUGCCCGGGGGUGCCCGAUCCCUUCCCAUUGUUCCCCCAACUCCCUACCACCCCGGAGUCAAGUUGGAUCUCCAGGUUACGAGUCAAACUGGAUCUCCAGGUUAAGCUGAGACACACACCACAUCCUUUAUGCCCGUAACUGUAAUCGUUCAAAAAAGAACUAGAUGAGU